AAAGAAGAUAAAGUUUAGUUUUUGAAAAUAUAAGGAAGACGGACUUGAAAGCAAAGCAUUAAGCUAAAUUGAAGGAGUAUUUUAAGGUCCGUAGUUUUUAAACUUACCUUUUCUUAUUCUUACAUUUUCCAACACAUACGGUAACUGCAUAUGUGUGUGUUCUUCUUUGUUUUGUUCGCACACUAACAAAACAAAACAAGAGAGUGUGAAAAACACACACACAGCUAUGGUGAAAUCUAACUCAUGCUUAAGGUUAAUAUGCGGUGGUGGUGAUUCUUCUAACAAACAAGUUGUUUCAGAGGUCAAGGAUUCUAAUGAUAAACGUGGUUGGAGUUUCCGGAAGAGAUCUGCAAGGCAUCGUGUGCUUAGCAAUACUGUUAUAACAACAGAGACGACGUCUUUGGCAAAUAAGGAGAUUCCGGAAUAUACAAGUACUAAUUUUCAAUCUCCAGCUGAACCUAAUGUCGUUGAAAAGAUUUGUACGACAGAUUUCUCUGACGAGAAGCCUCAGUUAUCCUCCAAUGCAUACUCAGAGAUUUCAGAAAAAAUUGUCACUGAAGCUGAGGGUAAAGCGGAUGUCAAUCCACCAGAAUCUGCGGUGAUAAUCGUCCAGACUUCCAUUAGAGCAUAUUUGGCUCAGAGAGCACUUCUGAAGAGUAAGAAUGUAGUGAAGUUGCAAGCUGCUGUUCGAGGUCACUUGGUCAGAAGGCACGCUGUAGGAACAUUGCGAUGUGUUCAAGCUAUUGUUAAAAUGCAGCUCCUUGUACGAGCACGACAUGCUCAGAAGUCACAAUCAGAUGGCAAAAAUGAUUACUCAAAAACUUUGGAUAACGAGCAUGACACGGACAAAUCAAAUUUGAAGCACACUUCUGUGGAAAAGCUUCUCAGCAAUAAGUUUGCUCGUCAGCUUCUGGAAUCAACACCAAAAGACAAACCUAUCCAUGUCAAAUGUAAUCCUUCUAAAGGCGAUUCUGCUUGGAAAUGGUUGGAGAGAUGGAUGUCUGUUCCAGCAAUAGAUUCUACAGAGAAUAAAAAGCCAAUCUGUGUGUCAGAACAAUCAGAUGAAACCAAAGAUAGCACUCGUGUAUCUCAAUUGGAAACAGAUACUCCGUCUCAAGUUAUUCUUCAGUUAGCUGAUUCACCUAUACCAUCUGAGGAUGAAGAGAAGACCGCUACUUAUGAGGAUAGCAACUCAUACUUUGAAAGAAACCCCUCUACAUCUUCUCUUAUAAACAAUAACUUGGAAGAGGCUCAUCCCGAAAAGAUGCUUUCAAUUGGUGCUAGAGUAUCCUCCAAUAAAAGUGAAUCUUUUUUCGAUACAAAAAGUGAAUCUUUUCAAAAGGAAAUUUUGGAUUCAAAUGCAAGUGUUCCACAAGAACCCAGUUCUCCUCAGAAUCCAGAAAUGGACGAUGAACAGCUCAAACAUUCACGUGGUGCCAAAAUAGCCUCCAAGACAACUGAUUCUUUUGAAAAGGAAUUGUUCGGUUCAAAUGCAAGUGUUCCACGGGAGCCUGGUUCUCCUCAGAGACCAGAAAGUGACAGUGAACAGUGCAAACAACCAGUAAAAGCAUUUACCUCAGACCAACUAGAGACCGAGGGAAAGAAAGUUGCAUAUGUAUCAAGGAAGUUAAGCAAUCCAGCAUUUAUUGCCGCUCAAUCAAAAUUUGAAGAGCUGAGUUCAAAUGUGAAUUUGGGUAGGCCAAGUUCUUUGUUCGAUCAGGAUGUAUCAGUUGAAUCACAAGCAGAUACUGCAUAUAUAUCAAAAGAGUUCAUCUCAUCUGAGAAUUCUACUCCCUAUCCUUCUAGAAUUGGUGAUCCUGAAACUGUACUCUCUAUUUCUUCAACUCUUGAUUCACCUGACAGAUCAGAGACUUUGGAGAGCGAGCACGAUGCCAAAGAUUUAGUAGAAGGGAUAGUUAAUCCUGAAAACAAUAUUGAUUAUGGUGUCGGAGCCAAUACUCCGGCUUCUAACUUGCCUAUCUCCGAUUCUGAUCGAUUAGAAACUGUUAACGACUCCAGUGGAAAUAUUGUUGAUUCAGUGGUGCCUGAGAACUUCAAAGAGCCUUCUGUUGAGCCUGAGGUAAAUGCAUCUGACAUGUUGAGAGAAAACACCGAGACUGUUCUACCAGAUUUUAAGUUGUCAGCUUCACCAGGAAGCUAUAUGACAAUACCCGAGUCUCAAGGAACCCCUUCAAGUCAGGUUUCGGUGAAACCUAAUAAAGUAAACAAGACUGGAUCAAGUGGUAAACGUAGGGCACUGUCUAUGGGUAACAAGUCUCCUGCAAAUUCAAAUAACGAUUCAGGCUCAAGAGUGGCUGUUGGUAACAAGUCUCCUGCGAAUGCGAAUCACGAUUCAGGCUCAAGAGGUAGUAGAGAACAAUUGCCUAAGGAUCAGCUGAAUGGAAAGAGACGCAAUUCAUUUGGCUCAAUAAAACCUGACCAGACUGAUCAAGAGCCUACUAGAGAUAAUAGUAGUAGCAAUAAUUCUCUUCCCCGUUUCAUGCAAGCUACACAAUCUGCUAGGGCCAAGAUAAAUGCAAAUUCCUCUCCAAGAUCAAGUCCAGAUGUACAUGACCCUGACGUUCACAUUAAGAAGAGACAUUCCUUGCCUGGUGCAACUGGUAAGCAGGGUUCUCCACGUGUCGAACAAUCAAUAUCUCCAGCUCAGCAAGGCACAAAGGGCAAUGGUUCAACCGAGAGAAAAUGGCAGAGGUGAAUCGACACUGCAGCCCAAGUGCGGUCGCAUUGGCUCCUCCGAUAACAAUUGUAUUCUUUUUCUCCCAUUCCCAACUCCAAAAUUUAUUUAUUGCUUGAGUUUGGUUGUGACAGACAUAUAUACAAAGACUAUAACUAGAAAGUGGGUGUGUUUGUGUGAGAGGCUUAUUUUUGUACAUUAUUGUUGUGUCACACUCUCAUUCUGGUACCAUUGUGUAAGUUCCAGGCUAAUUCUGCUUGUGAUGUCACUUUUGUUGUGUUUGUUAAAGAUGAUUGUUUGUUUGUUUGAAACCAUCUAUAUAUUUUUCAUA